CUCUCACAGCAUGACAUAAGAAGGUUAGGGGUAGAUGGAAACAUUGGAGCUGCAAUGAAAGUCAAACACCUUUCCAAAGACUUCCAGAUCGUAUCCACCAAAACUAAACCCCCAAACUAUAGCUCUGCGGGCCCACAUGGCUGGUCACAGAACCUCUCCCUACCCUUGGAUCAGUCACAGUUACACUCCAAACCCAAGCCCCCCAUGAGAGCACCUAUCAAAGCUAAGAAGACCUUUGGCUGGGGAAACUUCUACCUCAACAUCAAAACCACCAAGUUCAGCCUGCUGGUGACAAGUAAGAUAGUGGACCACAUCAACGGCACCUUCAGUGUGUACUUCCAUCACAAUUCGUCCCAUCUGGGGAAUAUCUCAAUGAGCAUUGUUCCUCCCUCCAAACCCGUGGAAUGGGAUGAUGUGGGAAGCCCGGAGCACCAGUUCCAGAAUCAGCCACAGUCUACCAUCAAUGAGCACCUGCAAGAGAUGAAGGCCCUCAACUGCAGGGUGGAGUACCAGAGGACCAACCGGGCCAAGAAGACCAAACCCUGCCUCUAUGACCCCUCCCAGACCUGCUACUCAGAACACACUCAGUCUCACGCCGCCUGGAUCUGUGCCAAGCCCUUCAAGGUCUUCUGUGUAUUCAUCUCUUUUCUCAGCACCGACUACAAACUGGUGCAGAAGGUCUGUCCAGACUACAACUUCUAGGCAGAUCUCCAGCAAUUUGGUGGACGAGGAUAGUCGAUGAACUAGAAAGGUUGAUAAGGCAUGUUUUUCUACAUCUCCUAUCCCAGUGGAGAAAGGGGCUUGCGCUGAACGGCAAGGAUGGAUGGUCCCACACCAACAUUCAGGCCUCACACAGACAUUCAGAUGGAGAGCUUUGUGUUUAGUAGAAUGGAAGUCAGCAACAUAUGGACAAUAACCUAAAACAAAUAUAUUCACCACUGAAGGGUAGAAGACAGAAGAUCAAGUAGGAUAAUAGUAAGAUUAUUUUGUAAACUAUUUGUGGUAAAAUAUUGACUUGGGGGGAGUGAUGCCCUAUGUGCAUGCCAAUUCCAGCACAACUCUAAUCCCUGCUUUUGUUACUUGUGGUUAUGUUUGGGGAAGUGUUCUGCUUAUUUGUCACACGUUGCCCCUUACAUGAACAUUCACUGUUAGUUUGGGGGUAUCCUAACGCAACCAAGGCAAGGUACCUGGAUGUUGAUUGAGUUUGGUCAUACUGUAUGAUUCACAUACGGAAUCUACAUUUGAUUUAAUUUUACAAGCAGAUAUGAAAUGAUGUAUGAUGGAAAGCAAAAUGUAGAUUUGAAAUGCAUAUUAAAAUGAGUAGUUUUUUUGC